UAGCGCAUGUUUUCUAGCCUUACAGGUGUGAAAAAAUGGCAAAGCGAAUUGCAGAGAAGGAACUGACUGACAGAAACUGGGAUCAGGAGGAUGAAGCUGAGGAGGUGGGAACAUUCUCAGUAGCUAGCGAAGAAGUCCUGAAGAACAGAGCUAUUAAAAAAGCAAAGCGACGAAAUGUUGGAUCAGAGUCUGAAAGUGGAGGAGCUUUUAAAGGUUUUAAAGGCUUUGUAUCGCCUUCUGGAAAAGGAGGAGUUGGCUUCAGCGGAUUUGGUAAUGGUGCAGGAAUAAAGCCUUUAGAAGGGUUGUCUAAUGGAAGCAGUAGCGUCACUAGCGCUCCUUCUUUCACCAGUUUAAAGACCAGUUCUGAAACACAAACACAAUCAGCAUUUGGAUCCACAAUGUCAAAUGGUCCCACUACUACUGCAUUUACUGAGAAAAAGGCUGCAAGCCCCAAAACUAAUGGUGGCAAUCAACCAUCAUCAUCUGGCUAUGCUCAGAGUAAAGCUUGUAGCUCUAGCAUUUACCACAAACAGUUAGCAGGUUUAAACUGUUCGGUGCGUGACUGGAUAGUUAAGCAUGUAAACACAAACCCACUGUGUGACCUAACACCCAUCUUCAGAGACUAUGAGAAGUACUUAGCAAAUAUUGAACAGCAACAUGGGAGCAGUAGUGAUAGUGGCUCUGAAAAUGAAAGCAACAAGACACCUGGCACUCAGUCUGUUUCUGCAUUUGGGAAUGCAAAGCUACAGCAAGGAUCAACGUUUUUGUUUAACAACAAAACUGAGGAUACCUUGGACAAAACCCCUGAAGCUGCAUCAGAAAGAAAAGACCCAUCAUUAGGUGCUACGUCAACAGUCUCGUUUAAUUUUGGCAAGAGUGUCGACAGUUCUGUUUUAGGUUCCCUUGGUUCAGGAACACUCAGUAGUUUCUCAUUUUCUCCUGGGAAUUCAGGUUUGUUUGGAAAAGAUGCAAACCAGGCUAAGUCUGUCACUGGAGUAUCCACCAAUAUAUUGGAAGCUCAGACAGAAAGUGGCAGUACUGAUGAUAAAGGAGGAGAAGAGGAGGAAGAAGAGCCACCAAAAGUCAUUGUUAAUGAAAUAAAGGAGGAUGAUGCUUUCUACUCAAAGAAAUGCAAACUGUUUUACAAAAAGGAUAACGAAUUUAAAGAAAAAGGUGUAGGAACGUUACAUUUAAAACCAGCAGGAAAUGAAAAAACUCAACUCCUGGUCCGAGCGGACACCAAUUUAGUGCUGUAAUCCUUUCCUAAAAUCUCACUGUGUUGAAAAACUGAACUGCAAAGGAAGGCGAAGACUGACUUUCCCCUAAACACUACUACCGUGUUCUGAACUAUUUACCAGGUUUACAAACUGUGUGCAUCUUCUGUGGAAGCAGAUUUGAGUUUGUUUGCAACUGUUUUAAUAGACCACUAAUACUGAAGCUCUCAAACUCACUAUGUAAUUUAACAAGUUGAUGUAGAGCUGCUGUUAGUAACAUGGUGGUAGACCACAUCAGAUGUGUUGUACAAUAUGAUGAUAUAAAGUACUUAUUCUACCACAGUUUGUCCAAUAUUAAAUUAAUGUGUCUGUGUGUGUUAAAGCUAACUUCUUGCUUCUGCUUAUGAGCUCUGCGUGAUGGUCAGAAUGAGUAACUUGCAUAAGCAUCAACUAAGCACUGUGACUGGAUUCCUCAUUUGCUGCUUCUCCCUUGUCCCCUUCCCUUUUUCCUGUGUGUCCCUACUAUCACUUCAUAUUCUUCAGAGUUCUCCCUUUAAAAAAGGAGGACACAGUAUUUGCAGAGAUUUCCUCUUUCCUCAUGAGGAAAGAAAUCUGUGAGAACAGUGGCCAUGAGCAGAUGCUUAGGGAAGAGUAAAAUAAGUAUACCUGAUAUUUGUGAAUUGCCUUCUUUCCAAGUAUAAAUGUAAGUCCCUGUUUAGUAAUUAUACUAACAUCUGUCCUGCAGUAAAAACUGAAGAAUUGCUAAUUAUAUUUUUUUUCCCCUCCUCAU